AUGGGUACUUUUGGACGUCUUGGAAAAAUUCUGACUGGAAACUCGACAAUACGUGGCAAAUCGUCUACAUCAUCUUCUGUUCGUACUAGACAUACUAUCAAGACUCGAUUACAAUCUGCUAAAAGUGCUUGCAAUGAAGAACUUCGUUUGAUCUUGGAUGGUCUUAAUGAAUACGUGGAACAAGUCGAUCUACCUUUUGUGCAACAACAACCUCCUGCUGACCUGCUAGCAACAUCACAUCCAAUGCCAUCACGUUAUGCUGGGAUUUCCGAAGACACAUACUUACCCACGCCAUUUAUCCUGGCAUUACAAGAUCUUAUUGGCCUAGCUCAAAAUGUUUUGGAUACACCUUUGGAUAUCUAUUUAGACAAUAUAGGUGUUUGUGCUUCUGUGGUAUCUCAAAUUCAGAUUAUUGGUUCUCGUUGGGAUAAACAUACGGAAUGGCCAUGCCGAGAAUGGUAUGUACGACUUUUACUCUGUGUAGCUGCCUUGAAUCGUGUGAUUGAAUGGUGGGAAGCUGAACGUGCAUCUCAUAUGGAUUAUCUCGACAAUUCAUCCGAUAGCAAUAACACAAGUGGAAACACUCUAUUACAGCAAGCCGUCAAGCGUAGUCAAAGUAAUACAAUCGUGAUGGAAUUGACCCUUGAAACAAACAUGGUACAAUAUCUAAGUCCUGUAUGGCAACAACUCUUUGGAUCGGAUUUACAAACAGUAGUUGGUAAUGAUAUAUCUGAAUUACUUGCUCCUGAUGAUCGACAUGUUUUCUCAUCGGCUACUACCUCCCUGCUUGAAGACACUACGCGUAUCGUCGAUAUACAAUUCAACAUCAAUGUUCAACAGAAAGAUGUAUUGAUGAUAUCAAUGGAAGGAAAAGGCAUGAUCAUGUAUAAUCGUGUUACUGGCGAACCGAAUCACACAAUGUGGUACUUUUUACAACAUGAUGACAACAUUUAUUCUUUCCUUGAACAGGAUAGUUCUCCAGUGGUACGAAUGCGAUCUAUUUCAGAGCCAAUGACAGCAACAGCAAUUCAAAUAUCUCCUGCAUCUCUAAUGUCCUUGCCUCCGGUGUUAUGUCGUGUGUGUGAAAGACUAGUGGUGGCAGCAUUUUUUGAACAACAUUCUGAAUUAUGUGUGGAAGAACAUCGCACGGAAAUGGAUGUCAUUAUUUGCAACGACAGCUUACGCGAACUGAAACUAUUGGUACUAGGACUGAUUGAAAAGUCUCGACUUGACAAUAACAACACUAUUCAAAAUCAAGAAAAAGGAACCAUUGAUUUUGCUGAUGAUGUAUCUUUAUGUUGGCCAUUAUCUAUGGAAUUGGAACAUGAUGAAAAUGUACUAUUGGAUGGAAAUUUACCGAUGGAUGAUUCUUGUAACAACACUGAAGAACAAAGAUUGAAUGAUAUGGCAAUAGGCAAGGAAUUACUGGAUAUUUUGGAAGUGGCUCUCUCUAUUCCAACACCCAACAGUCAAGCUGAUACUAGGAACAAAGAUAAUGUUGACCAAGAUCUGAUGACAUUGACAAAGUCAAACAUGGUACAAAUACUUUAUUGGCGACCUUCUCCUACCGAUAACCCGUCCUAUCAAUCUCUUAUUCAUGAUAUUCAACAUGUCACUAAAACAAAAGUGGAUUCUGUUAAUCGUAUGCGUGAUCGGCUAGAAUACAAUAGACGUCUACGGAUGGAUUUUGAACGAAAUAUGCAACAAGAAAAAGGUUGGACGGAAUACGUGGAAGACAAGAACCAAAAUCAAGAAGAGAAAGGAUCGUUUUUUGAUAAUAGCAACAACAACAACGACAAUGGCAACAACCAUGUAGAUCAAGUUUGUGCAGAUCCUCUUACUGAUGAUGGAAUACACCCAAAAGCCAAGGUACCAGUUUCAGAACAACCCAGGAAAUCAUUUUUAGGUCGAUGGAAGAGUUGGAAAAACAAGCGCACCUCUGAUAUGUCACGUUUCGCUCGUCGACGGAAACGAAAAGCUCAUUCUCUUGCAGUACAACCUCGUAUUAUGGAAAUGGAAACAAUAGACACCCCAUUAGCUUCACCAGGCAUGCACCCGAAAUACCAUCAUCUCGCCCUAAACGACAACAACGUCAAUGACAAUAAUAAUAAAGAUCCAACCUUGUCUGAUUCUAUACAAAUUGCAAAAAACCAAGUACAAACAACUUUAUCCACUUUGACGACUUUACCAACUUUAUCUCAUCGAUCUACUCAGCCAACCAUCAAGGAUUAUGAUAUUAUUAAACCUAUUAGUAAAGGCGCAUUUGGAUCGGUAUUUCUCGCAAAGAAGCGUUUGACAGGCGACUAUUAUGCUAUCAAGUUUUUGAAAAAGUCGGAUAUGAUUGCCAAAAAUCAAGUUACCAAUGUCAAGGCUGAAAGGAUGAUUCUCAUGACACAAACAGACAGUCCAUUUGUUACCAAGCUCUAUUACACUUUUCAAUCAAAGGAUUAUCUUUACCUCGUUUUGGAAUAUCUCAAUGGUGGUGAUUGCUCAGCUUUGAUCAAGGCCAUGGAUCGUUUACCAGAAGAUUGGGCUCGUAACUAUUUGGCUGAAGUGACACUUGGACUGACUUAUCUCUAUCAUCGAAAUAUUAUUCACAGGGAUCUCAAACCAGAUAAUCUUUUGAUCGACCAAAAUGGACACUUAAAACUCACUGAUUUUGGUUUGUCAAGGAUCGGCUUCUUGGAUCGACGUGUUCGUGAUGAACUUGGAUAUGUCCCGUUAUGUAAUAAACGUGCACCAUCACCUACUUCACCUGCACCAUCCCGAUCAAACACACCACCAUACAUUGGAUCACCAUCAGUAUCAAUCAAAUCGACUUUUUCACCUGUCUUUUCAAACCUGUACAAACAUUCUUACUUUAGUGCUUUGUUUGAAAGAAAUCAUCAACGACGUGGAUCUUUUGCAAGUUCAACAUCUGGAGGAUGCGACUUUGGAAACAGCAACGAUAACUCAUCAAUAUACCAACAGCCAUCAAGUGGAACAUCUUCAAAUGGACAUACAAAACAUCCAAUAUCUACUUUUUCAGAUUCUGUUGAUCCUAGUUACCCUACAAAACGACAAGGGAAUCAUGAUCUUCGCGCUAUUGGAACUCCUGAUUAUAUUGCUCCUGAAAGUAUUCUUGGUACAGGACAAGAUUCUAUGGUGGACUGGUGGGCUCUUGGUGUUAUCUGUUACGAAUUUAUUUAUGGAUAUCCUCCUUUCAAUGAUGAGUCUCCUGAUAAGGUAUUUGAAAAUAUUCUCUCUCGACGUAUUAAUUGGCAUGAAGAUGAAAUUGUGGUGUCUGCAGAAUGUCGCGAUUUUAUGGAACGAUUGAUGACUUUGGAUCCUGAUAAACGACUUGGUGCAUCUGGUCCUGAUGAAGUUAAACAACAUGCUUUCUUCAAAAAUAUAGAUUGGGAUAAUCUAUUGACUAAAUCACCAGCUUUUGUACCGCAACUUGCAGAUGAUGAAGAUACAGCUUAUUUUGAUUCAAGGGGAGCAACUAUGGAAGAUCAUCAAGUUUUGGAAGAAAACCAGCAAGCUCAAGUGGACCGGGCUAAAUCAAUUAUCAUGGAACAAAACCCUGGAAAUGUUACCUCUAUUUUGGAACAUCACGACGAGAUGAAACAUAUACAGAUGAAUGAUAAUAAACACAACAGCUUUUCUUUUGUGGAUGAUGGUGAUGAUUUUGGUGCUUUCGUAUACAAGAAUCUACCUCUGUUGGAAAAGGCGAAUGAAGAUACUAUUAGGAAAAUGAGACACGACAGUAUCAUAGCCAAUGUUACCUCUCCCUCCUUAUCAAGUGCUGGUGGUUCAACAAAAAGUGGUUCAUCCUCUUCUCCUGUGAAUUGGAUUUACAGAUCUUUACCGGCCAUAUCAAGAAAGAAAAGAAAUUCUAUAUUUGAUUUGGACAUGACAACCACUAGCAAUAACAACAACAAUAGACGCCCAUCAUCUUCGACUCUUUAUCAUAUACCAUUUACAACAUCCUUGCCAACAACACCUAGAAAUAUAUCACCAUCUACUUCAUCAAAAAUGUCAUCAACAUCAUCGCCAACAUCUUAUGCUUCUCAAGGGAACAAUGUUCAACCAAAAAAUGACAAGGAAAAGAUCAGUAGAUCAAAGCUAAUCGACAAUACUCAAGGAUCUUUACGAACGCGCUCAAUAUCAUCACCAGGAAACCAAAUAUAUACUUCUGAUUUUCAAAACAAUAAUGGUAUAGACAAUGACAACAGGAUUAUGAAUAGAUUCGACAUACCCAAUGCUCCAGUAGAUGAUCAUCAUCCUGCCCUGCGACAUGUUGACACUAUUAUUCCAAAUCAUAUCAAUUCCACUAGUGGCAAACCAUGGCCUACUCUUGAUUGUUUAUUAGCCGAUGACAACCCAAUUAGCUGCAAAAUUUUGGAAACAAUACUGGAUAGGUUGAAUUGUCGUUGUGUGAUUGUACGAAAUGGAGCGCAAGCUAUCCGUUACGCCAUGGGAAAUGUCCAGUUUGAUUUGAUCUUUAUGGAUAUCCGUAUGCCAAUUAUCGAUGGUGAAGCUGCAGCUCGCAUGAUCAAAUCCACCAAGAAUCAUAAUCAAAAGACGACCAUCAUUGCAGUGACAGCCUAUGAACGAACAGUCCAACUUGCUGAUACAUUUGACGACGUUAUUAGCAAACCUGUUACAAAGGAAAUGAUUCAACAACGUUUACAGCUUUUUUAUCAACGCAAUGUCCCUCAGGAUGGUGAUUCCCCUCGAUUAUCCCCACAUGAAGAUUUGGAACAAUCUAGUCUGAAAAAUAUUUCCUCUGUGUCUGAUGCUAUGCCUAUUCCCAUCCCCCGUUAUUCGUGA